AUGGAACACAAGAACUACACCACGGUGUCGUACGAUCAGUCAGCAGUUAACUGUACUCUAUCGAUGCCCGACGAUCUCCGAGUCAGCAUAUCGGGGAGAGAUCAUUACGAAGUUUCGAUGGCCGAUGGAGUUAAUCUGAAGGUAACGGAGAACCGCGAGGCUACGAAUUUCGAUAGAAGAGACAUACUGCGGAGCACUUACUCCAUUCCAUACGACUGGUUAUUUCCAUUUGGCAGGAACGGUAACGGUAUUCGGGAAAAUACUCAUGACCUCCCACUAAUAGAAGAUGUGGAAGCUCUACCGCGGUUAUUGAGAAUUCGUAUUUUGCGUGGCUUCAAGCAGCCGGGUAGAAACGCGAUAACAGACAUACAACAGGCAUUAGGGAACUAUUGGAUGUCCUUGGUCCGAAGUACUUUUCAAUCACACAUGGAUCGGGAAGAAAAUUCUGAGAAAGAGGAAGCUACGAAGACAGUAUACGAUCGCAUGGAGGAUGAGUUACAACCAUUGUCGUUGGGUAUUAAAAAGGCGAUCGACGUCGAAACGUACAAGAUUGGUUUAGAAAAGGAAUGGAAAACGGCGAAGCCAAAAACUCAGGGAAUGGCGUUCGAAAGGUUUCUCGGUCACCAGACGAUGGAGAAGGAAGUGCUCAAUUGGUACAAACAUUGCAUGAGAGAGAAGUAUAUUCUGCCGUACUUUGAGAACAUCAGUGGGACCUGUUUCCUUUGGAUAAUGGAUUGCAUGACGAUCGCCUUGAAAGUAAGUGUAUCCGACAAGUGGGACGGCAAGAUCGGCGAGAGUCAAAAGUUCUAA